UGCUCUCGUCCGCCAUGUCCGCCUAAGUCUGACUUUGUGUUUCUUUCCUCCCUCCCCCUCUCUCUGUCUUGUAUCCACCCCGUCGCCCACUAUUGACGGGUGCUAGAGACAAGCAUGACCAGCAAAUUCAGCCGUGCUACCAAGAACGGUACCAGCUUGUUCGAGCCCUUGAACGUAUAUCGUAUACAGCGGUAACAGCGCUCAAUCCUCUUCACAUCGUCGUGUCUGCCCAAAAGCUCUCGCUCUCAUCGUUAUCCAUGUUUUCGAUCGGUACAACGGACUCGUCCAGCCUAUUCACCAUGGCCCGCUCCAAGCUACAUUCUGUAGUUGGGGCCGGCGCCAAAGACAAUUGCAGCUUGCACCGUUGGGUGCUCCUCAAAAACUCUAUCGUUCGCUCGCGUUCGCCUGCUGUUCCUGUAGUAUCAACCGACAUCUCUCCCUCAAACGAUGGACAUAGACGUGACGGUGAAGAGGAGGAAGAGGAUUCUUUGGCGGAGGAAGAGGACAUGUUCGUCUUUCCUGACGCUGGCGUGUUCGCUGACACCAGGGAGGCGGAGACCCCUUCUUCAGAGGCCCAGUGGUUGGACUCGCUUUUAGAAACCCUGGGCGAUGAGGACGAGGAAGGUGGUGACCCCUCAAUGCAAAUCUCCGUUUCUCCCGAGGACGACGGGUCUUUCACUCCUCCACCCUCACCGUCUUCAUCCUCCGACGAUCUUUUCAGCCCACACUCGUGCUACUCGUCUGUAUAUUAUCCCCCGAAUCCUUACCCACCAUUUCAUCCGCCUCUCGUCCGACAGUGUCAGCUCGACUCCGAUUUCCAUGCUGCUCUCGAUAUGUGCCCUCUUUCGGACCCUCUGCCGUAUGCGGACGACUUCGACGACCUCUCGGUCCCCGACGCCAUCGAAGACACCUCGGACGACGAGUCAGAUUCCCCCACUACUCCCUUUGCGCGCUCGACUUCCUCCCUUAUUGACCCAGCCUCCAUUCCCCUCCCCCACGAGCCCACGCGACCUGGUCGUCGUCCCCAAGUGUAUAUCGACACGGACGAUUCUUACUUUUAUCCCUUUGAGCUCGAUCCCCCGUCCUUCUCAGACGACCAUGUACAUUCAUCACCAGCAUUUGUCCCCAUGCAAGAGUGCUAGCAACUCAUCCCCUCUAGUUGUUACUCUUCAUAGUAAUUCCGUACUGUACUAUUUUAUUUGGUUUUUCAGUCUCUGCAUCGUAUGUGGUUUCAUUUGUUGUUCUUGUUCAUGUUUUGAUCCCCGUCUCGUACAUAUCUUAUCACCCCUUAGCUAUGUCACCGUUGGUACUCGCCAUGUAACUUAGGUUCGGCCGAGUAGGCCGAUAUAGAGUCAGUUCCGGUGUUGCCCGAGCACGGCAUUUGUGGCCGUGCGAGUGCAAUAUAUACAGAUAC